AUGGACCUCGUCGUCAAGGUGCCUCAGGCGCACGACCUCCGGAGCUCCAAGUUCUUCGGCAGCGUCAAGCGCCCGUACGCGCUUCUGCGCUACGCCCACGACAGCGCCAAGACCGACGUCGAUCCGGCCGGGCGGGAGGCGCCGCGCUGGACGUUCCGCCACCGCUUUGCCAGAAUCAACCCGGCGGCCUUCCCGUACCUCGAGGUCGACGUCUACGACAUGGACGCGCACGAUGGGCCAGGCUCGGCGAUCGGGACGUGCGAGAUUCCCGUGCCCACCAGCCCGUCCUGCUUCCAGCAGUGGUUCAAGCUCUCGCUCAACGACAAGAUCACGGGCUACAUCUACAUCGUGCUCGAGGUCGUGGCGCGGCGCCGUCGCGAAGGCUCUAGCCAGCGCAUCGAGCGCCGGGCCUCCGACAGCAUCGAGCGCCGGGCUACCGCAAGCAUGGAACGGCGGCCCGAGCGGCGGCGCGACAGCGUCAUCUCGACCGCGUCGUCCAGCGGCAGCAGCGGGUCGGCGUCGGCCAAGUCGAAGGCGUUGCAGUCCUCGAGCUCGUCGCUCAGUGCAUCGUUCCUUCAGCGCACGGCAAGCCUUCCCGAGACCAUUCCUCGCAUCGACCCCGCCGAGCUCCGCGUGCGGUCGGCGCUCGGUCGCGGCGCAUACGGCUCGGUCGCGCUCUGCAUCUACAAGAAGCGGCACGUCGCCGUCAAGACGUUCCAUGUCACGAGCGGCAAUGUCAACGGCGACGACCACGAGUCGUUCGCGAAGGAAGUCGGCGUCAUGUACCGCCUCAGCUCCUUUUACACGGUCCAGCUCCUCGGUAUCUCGCACAACGAGCACGACCAGCCGCAGAUCGUGAUGGAGUACAUGAGCGGCGGGAACCUGCACGAGCACCUCAAGCUCCUCGGCGCCGCCAACAAAGAGCACGACGUGACAUCGCUCCUGUACAUUGCACUCAGCGUCGCCAAAGGCUUGGUGUACCUCCAUGAUCAAGGCAUCAUCCACCGCGACCUCAAGCCCGCGAACGUGCUUCUGAGCGACGACAAGGUGUCGGUCAAGCUCGGCGACUUUGGCAUCUCACGACAGUACGACGUCGAGUCGAUGACCAACGGCAUUGGCACCACGCCGUGGAUGGCACCCGAAGUCAUCAGCAGCGGCAACUACACGGUGCAAGCCGACAUCUACUCGUUCGGCAUCCUCCUCACCGAGCUCGAGACGCUCAAGCCACCGUACGCAGGCGAAAAGUGCAGCCCGUUCGUCUUGCAAGGCAAGGUCCUCAAUGGGUACCGGCCAUCGCUGCGCCCGACGGUACCGACGUGGUACAAGCGCCUCGUGGCCAGCUGCGUGGCCGGCGACCCAACCGCACGCCCGACGGCCGCCGAGAUCGUCGAGAUCCUCACGGACCAGAUGCCAACGGCACGGCGCGCGGCCCUCUCGGUAGCGACGCUGCCCCAGAUCCCGCCGUCCGACGUCGCGCCCGUCGGUAUUGUCGGCGGCAACGCCUUCAGCUCCGUCGCCCGGGGUAUUUACGGCGAUCGCAUGGUCGCCAUCAAGACGUUCUUAACGCUGCACCCGUCGCGUAUCGAAGCGGAGGCCAACCGCAUGGCGCGCUUCGCGUCCGAGCACACGGUCGAGCUCCUCGGCUUGUCCGGGUCGACGCUCGUGAUGGAGUGCAUGCUGAACGGCAACUUGCGCCAGUUCCUCGCGCAAAAGGCGCGGCAGGCGUGGCCCGCGCACGAUCUGCGCAACGUCUUGUACGUCGCCGUCGCGCUCGCCAAAGCGCUAGCAUUCCUCCACGCCAACGACCAAGUCCACGGCAGCCUCGUCCCGACCAACGUGCUCUUUGAUGCGAAAGGCGUCGUCAAGCUCAGCGACUUUGGCUACGACCGUGACGACGACAACGUAACGAUCAACGGCGCGUCGACGAUGGCGUACAUGGCGCCUGAAGUGCUUUUGGGGCAGCCGCCGUCGUUUCCCGCCGAUAUUUUCGCGCUUGGCGUGCUGUUUACGCAGCUCGAGACGCUGCAAGAGCCGUAUGCAGACAACCACAGUACGCUGACGAAGAAGGUCGCGCAGGUCUCGGCCGGCCUGCUCCGACCGACGCUGAGUCCGUCGUGUCCGGCCUGGUUCCGCGACCUCGCGCUCCUCUGCAUGGCGCAAGACCCGGCUCAUCGUCCGUCGGCCGCCGGCGUUGUACAGCUCCUGAGCGACAACAUGCAGUAAAGGGAUUCAAAUGUUGUCAAGAAUGCAUUAUCGGG